AUGGCAUCUAAAGAUCUCACCUCUCUUAAGCCCAAGCAGAAGCGUCGUCUGUACGAGCCCAUCGUCUUGUACAAAGCACUGGCCGAAAUCACCCACGAGGAGGGUGCUCUCAGACAGACAGAACCCUCAGAUAGCGCAGAGACAGAAGAACAACAGUACCACCGCUUUCUUCACAACAUCGCCAGUGUCUGUGAUAGAGUUAAACGUGGCAAGACUGUCACUUCUGUCGCAAUCCUCGAUGGAGAAGACAAGUUCACAUAUGUCUUUGGCUGCAAUCAGGUCUUUGACAAGGACUUGCGCAGCACUAAAGACUUCAUGACCUCCUUGUUGAAGAGGCUAUCCGGUUUCCAUCUGCUCUCAAGUACAGAGAGAACGUCUGCCCAAAACGAGAUCUUCGAAAUGAUACUGGCCUUUAACUCUCCAAGGAUCCAAUGUUAUCUGGAUACGCUGAGGAAGAACAUUGCCCAAUGUCUACUGUAUUGUGAGCGAAGCACAACUCAAAAUGAUACUGAAGUUGGUAAUGGUCUGGAGACUCUCAGCAUCGCAAUCAAGGAAACUACCUUCAGUGACAUGACUGGCCCACAAUAUCAUUCGUCUUUUAGUGGCGUCCUAAAGGCCCUCAAGUCUUUCUUGACUUCACAAACAACACGUUUCAUAGAAAUAAACGCCAAAGCCGGCCGCAUCAGAGACGGUAGAAGUUUCGAAUGCUGGUCAGAGUUAAGACACGCCAUCUAUCGUCUCCAGAGCUACAAGAAAGCGUUGCAAUGUCUCAUCGACUCGGAGGAAACAUGGCCGGAACUCUUCCAGGAGUUUGUUGUUGUCCCUAUCGAAUCUAGCAAACCAGAUUCGAACCCCCUUGGAAGAAAGAGCGAAGCUGCCCAUGGAAUUAUUGGUCGAAUGUGCAGCGACGCCGCUUCAAUUGAAAGGUAUCGUGGUCUUGCCAGAAGCUUGGAGUGGAUAAACCUGGACGACCGCAUCAAGACUCAGAGUACUAGACCGAGUUUUAAGCCGUAUGUGCACUCAGAGGUCCUUGUUCUCGAAUGGUUGAUGACCCAGCCAAAUGUCAGCUUCUUCCGCGACUGGAGGUACAUAGGUAGUAGCAAAGGAGCCUGUCAGCUCUGUCGCUACUACUUCGACGCAGCAGGUCAGCACAACGAUAUCAAGACGCGGUCGAGUCACGGCAAUCUCUACGUUAACUGGCGAUUUCCCGAUAUCCAGGAGGGCGAAACGUCUUUUGGCAAAACCCGGCGACAAACGAUCUACAACUCCAUGAUGACUAGGAUUCGUGAGGAUGCCUUUAGUAUCUUGGUUGAUAAGAGCUCCAAGGGCAAAAGGCACGACUCGAGCACCCACCCUCUUACCUCGGUAAUGUAUGCAAGUACUGAUAUCUGGACGGAUAUAGGUGCUCGUGAUAUGCCCAAUAUCGAUGAGUUGGGUGAGAGUUUUGCCAAAAACCUCAGUUUAAAGCCGGUAAUCGAAACAGUUGGGGAGUCGGAUGUGGACGACGAGGACGGGGGUAUCACUCUUGGAUGA